AUGGCUCCGUCUUUAGAUAGUCCAACCUCUCCUUUGACUUCAACGCAAUGCGUGCAAAAUCCAACCACGACCACCACCGGAACAAAUAAUGUUACAUCGUUAGCUUCGCCCAUAUCUUUAGCCACUCCUCCAAAUAUUCCCGCAAGUUUAUCCUCAAAUAAUAAUCAAACCGUUUUGACAAAUAAUUUCGAUUUGCAAGAAAUAUUGUCACAAUUCGGAACGCAACCUGAUCUAUUAAAAAUUAUUUUGACUUCAAAAGUCGAAGAGGAUAAGCGUAGAGCAGAAGAAGCUAAAUUACGUGUUCGGGAAAUUGACUUGAUGCUACUGGAUCGUUAUAGACAAAGAAGAUUCGCGGAACACGUUGAAGGUAUGGAUGUUUAUCUGACACCUGAUGGACCGUCGUCGACUUACGCGUUAUUUAACAAUAAUCUUGCUUCUUCAAUACAAAAUAUUCCUAUCGAUAACAACGCAAUUUCAUCUUCGUAUAAUCACGCAAAAUGUAUAGCUCAUUGUGGUUUGAAUGGUACUCCGAGCAAAAGAAAACGCAAGCGCCGUGAAAUGCUUCCAGUUACAAUGAUCAUCGAAACCAAAGAUAAUCCUUAUAAAGAUGCCUAUUUAUGGAAAAAUAACGGAAAUACAACUCAACGAAAAACAGGAAAUAAAAGUGUUUAUUAUAAAUGUUCUAAUAGCAAUAAAGGUUGUCCCGUUAAUAAAACUGUUACUGAAAAAGAAGAUGGAUGGAUGAUUAAAUAUCGUGGACAUCAUUUAGAAGAUUGCGGGAAAAUUAAAAGGAUUGUUCAAUCUUGA